GGAGUGACUAAGUGAAAGAAAGUGGAGAAUAAAAAAAAUAAAAGCCAUGGAAAAUCUAACGAACUUAAUAAUAAAAACAGUCUUAUACACGGAUCAUUGGUGUGAAUCAAUUAAUCGGCGUCAUCAUCGACAAGAAUUAAGAAAUCUAAAUGAUAAAAAAUUUUGGAAAACUUCCAAGGCUAAAGAGUGUCGUUUACGUCGCUCCGAAUUAAGGAGAAAAAAUGAUAAAUUUUUUAUGAAAACGUAUUGGCAUCUAGACAAUUUUUUUAAUGGUUUUAAAUUAGUGAAAGAUGAUUUGAAGCAACCGAUUGUUUCAAAAAGUAAACGUCGUGAAGUACAAAAGAAUGGCAGAUAUUUAGCAUAUUUAUUAGCAUUAAAUAAAAACUUAAGACAAAAAAUACAUGAAAAAUAUAUUGAUGGCAUAUUCAUGAGACGAUUCAGAAGACGUAUAUUAGUUGAAGAGAACAAUUUUGUUAACUGGGAUGAUGAUGACGCCGAUAACCAUAUUGGGGAAAAUAUCUUUAAUCUUCAAGAACUCUUUGAAGGAUGUCCCCCCUUUUUGGAUUACGGACUAGUGCUUCACCUUCAAAGGGUUCACAAACGGAUAGAAGCCCAGGCUAUUUGGGGUCCAUUAACGAAAGCGGAAAAUGUUCUCAACUUACGAGAAUUGUUUGGAAACUAUGACCCGGAAUUGUUAGAGGACAACAUGUGAAGGGAUUAUAAUUGUGUAAAUAAAUUAACUACAUAAGCAAUCGUGGAAAAUGUGGAGGAAAAAGAAUGUUACUCCCAUGUAAAAAUUAUGUGUAAUACGAUUAUUUUUAUCGUGGAAUUCAAUGUAAUUAUGUAAAAUCAAU